AUGGGAAACCACACAAGCAAAAAGUCUUCACAGGAGACAUCGGCUAAGACCACGACAACGAGCAUGCAAUACACGACCGAGCUGAGGUCGUACGAGGCUGCAUGUAAAGCAGACACGGAGCUGCAAUCAUUCGACACGUGCAUGCAGGCACGGACGAGCCACGUGAUAAGCACGCUAGCUACGGGUGUUGAGGUUCGAGCGCUCUCGUUCGAUUCUCUCAAAGAAGUGACGGAAUGUUUGCUUGAGAUGAAUCAAGAAGUGGUGAAAGUGAUAUUGGACUGCAAGAAAGAUAUUUGGAAGAAUCAAGAACUGUUUGAGCUCGUUGAAGAUUACUUUGAGAACAGCUUGAAGACGCUUGACUUCUGUGCUGCUUUGGAGAAAGGAUUGAGAAAAGCUCGUGAUAGUCAGCUUUUGAUUCUUGUUGCUCUUCAGCAGUUUGAAGACGAGAGCCUUGUUGAAGGUGGGAAUGGAUACGAGAAGACGCUUGAGGAGCUGAAGAAUUUCAAAGACGCAGAGAGUCCAUUCAGCGAAGACUUCUUCAAGAUGUUCCAAUCUGUGUACAAACAGCAGAUGCUGAUGCUUGAGAAGCUACAGCUUCGCAAGAACAAGCUUGACAAGAAGCUCAAAUCCAUCCACACAUGGAGGAAACUCUCAAGCAUCAUCUUUGUGGCUACAUUCGCCACAGUACUCAUCUGCUCUGUCGUGGCUGCAGCCAUGGCGGCUCCUCCUGUGGCUGCGGCUCUGGCUGCAGCUACAGCUGUGCCGCUGGGAUCAAUGGGGAAAUGGAUAGACUCGCUGUGGAAGAACUACGAGAAUGCACUCAAAGGACAGAGAGAGAUCAUCAGUUCGAUGCAGGCGGGGACAUAUGUGGCGGUUAAAGAUUUGGAUAACAUCCGGGUUCUGAUCGAACGGUUGGAGAUUGAGAUCACGGGGAUGGUGAAGUGUGCGGAGUUCGCUGUGGAGCAUGAAGCAGUAAGGACUGGGAUCGAUGAGAUUAAGAAGAAGCUUGAGGUGUUUAAGAAGAAUGUGGAGGAAUUGGGGGUUCAAGCUGAUUUGUGUAGCAGAGAUAUCAGAAGAGCAAGGACUGUGAUUCUCCAGAGGAUCAUCAAGCAUCCAAACAAUGCUAGUACCAGCACCUGA